AUGUCGGACGGCCAGACGAAGCAGUUUGGAAAGGGCCAGCGGCUCGUGCCCGCCCAGAAGGCUCAGAAGUGGUACCCCGUGGACGACGAGUCGCAACCUAAGAAGGUCAGUGAAGACCCGGGUGGUUUCAACACAAUAGACCUCCGAGAGACGGACUGGGGACGUGUUCGCAAGUCGAUCCGCCCCGCCAAGGUUCGCGAGGCCCUCCAGCCCGGCACCAUCCUGAUCCUCCUCGCUGGCCGCUUCCGUGGCAAGCGUGUUGUCCUCCUCAAGCACCUUGACCAGGGUGUCCUCCUCGUUACCGGUCCCUUCAAGAUCAACGGUGUUCCCCUCCGCCGUGUCAACGCUCGCUAUGUGAUCGCCACCUCCAAGCGCAUCGACAUUGCUGGUGUUGACGCCAAGACCCUCGAGAAGGUCUCUACUCCCGACUACUUCACCAAGGAGAAGAAGGCCGAGAAGAAGACCGAGGAGGCUUUCUUCAAGCAGGGCGAGAAGCCCGAGAAGAAGAAGGUUGCCUCCGCCCGUGCCGCUGACCAGAAGGCCGUCGACCAGUCCAUCCUCAGCAGCAUCAAGAAGGAGGAGUUCCUGAGCAGCUACCUCGCCACCACCUUCAGCCUCCGAAACGGUGACAAGCCCCACGAGAUGAAGUGGUAA